GCGCCUCGCUCCCGCCGCUGCAGCAUGGGCCGCGGCCGCCCCGGUACCCCGCGCCCCGCUGCCGUUCAGUGCACCGGCGGCAGCAGCGCCGUCAGCAAGUGCUCGGCGGCGGCGCGGGGUUACAUCCAGGACCGGUUUCUGCCGUUCCUAGUAGGUCGACAGCGGCGGCGAGCCCCGCUGAUCCACCGGGGUUAUUACAUCCGUGCCCGUGCCAUGGAUCACUGCAUCCAGGACUUCCUGCUGAGGACCCGCAGCCACCCAAGGGCCCAGAUCCUGUCCCUGGGUGCUGGCUUUGACUCCCUGUACUUCCGUCUGAAGGACCUGGGUCUUCUGCACCACACUGUGGUGUACGAGGUGGACUUCCCCUGCGUGGUGUCCCACAAAGCUGCUCUGAUCAGAGGAGCAGAGGAGCUAUCUGUGCUGGUGGGAGAUGCUGGAGGAGCGCCAGGGGCCGUGCCCUUCUCUGCAGGGGAUUACAAACUGCUGGGAGCGGAUCUGUCGCAGCUGCCUGAGCUGGAGAGAGCCCUGGAGCAAGCAGGGGUGGACAAGGAGAUCCCCACCCUCUUAAUUGCAGAGGUGGUGCUUGCCUACAUGGAGAGCAAUAGGUCGGACGCGCUGCUGAGCUGGGCUGCUGAGCACUUUCCCUGCGCUGGGUUCCUGCUGUACGAGCAGCUGUGCCCCCAGGACCCCUUUGGCCGUGUCAUGCAGCAGCACUUUGCCCGCUUGGGCUCUGCCCUGCGCUCCCUGGCGCAGUACCCGGACUGUGAGGCGCAGCGCAGCCGCUUCCUGGCACAGGGCUGGGGUGAGUGCAGCGCCAUGGACAUGAACCAGUUCUUCACCUGCUGCACCCCAGAGGAGGAGCAGCAGAGGCUGCAGGCUCUGGAGCCUUUCGAUGAGUAUGAGCAGGAGUGGCACCUGAAGUGUUCUCAUUACUUUGUCCUGGCUGCUUCCAAGGGGAUGGAACCUCCCUGGACUCCAUUGGUGCCCAUCAGGACAGCUCCCGAUGGCCACGGUCCCGCCCUGGCCGGCAGCGUCCCCGCAGCACCGUGUGCCGUCAGCUCGGCCCUCGGCCCUCGGCGCUUCGGGCACUGCUCCGUGCUGGUGCAGCCUGGCGUGGUGCUGACCACCGGGGGCUUUGGGCAGGAGGAGGGGCAGCACCGCCGUGCCAGGAGCUGCCAGCUGCUGCUGAGGCAGGCGGGGCGCUGGGCAGCAGGCAGCGUCAGGAUGGAGAGCGGUGGAUGGGACGGGCGGCUGUACCACACUGUCAGCUGCGUCGCCGCUGGUCUGGCGCUGGUGGUGGGAGGUCGAACGUCCCCGUCCCGUGCAGGCCUGGGAAUGCUGUGGCUGAAGUUCCCCGGGAGUUGCAGUGCCUGGGCCCCAGCUGCCAUCAGCCUGCAGCCAGCGAGGCUGCAGCCUGCCCUGGAGCCGGCAGCUCUGCGCUGGAGGCACAGCGCGACCCCAGUGACCUUCCGAGGCCAGCAGUACCUGUUCCUCUUCGGCGGCCGCUCGGCCACGCAGCCCGUGCUGGGGGACUGGCAUUUCUUGCACACCCAGGAGCUGUCCUGUGCCCUGAUUCCUGUGGAGGGUCCAGCCCCAGAAGGUCGCCACUCGCACAGUGCCUGCAGCUGGAAGGGAGGGGUGCUGGUGGCAGGGGGCCUGGGGGCAGCCGAGCAGCCCCUGGGCUCCCUUUGCUUCCUGGAGCAGCUGGAGGGAGGCUUUCGGUGGCAGGCGCUGGAGACGAGGCCUCCUCUGGUGCCACGGUACUCACACACAGCCCACGUGCACCACGGGAGGCUGCUGCUGGUGGGGGGAGUCUGGCUGCACUCGGCCCUGGCACCAGGCAUCACCGUCGUGGACUUGGCGACCGGGCUAAGCGCGGACUAUGCCAUCAGCACGGAGCACCUGGAGUGGCCACUGAUGCUGCACAACCACAGCAGUGUCCUUCUGCCAGAGGAGGAGGAGCUGCUGCUCAUCGGUGGUGGUGGUAACUGCUUCUCCUUUGGGACACACCUGAACCCAGAGCCUGUCUCCUUGAGCCUCAGGCACAUCCUGACCAGCCACUGACCGCGACCAGCAGGGACCGAUCCAGGCUGCCAUGCUGCAGUGGGACAUCCCUGCAGGUCCACACGUCAUGAAGUGUCUUCACUGAGGUUUUGUGUCUGGGACUAGAGGGGCAGUUGGGACAGUUUCAUCCCUCAUCUGCCUGGUUUUGUGCUGCUGUCAGGAGGGUCUCAGCAGCUGCUCCCUGGUGGGGUCAGUGGGCUGAGAGGGGACAAGAGGAGCAGUGCCGUGCUCCAGAGGAGCAUAUGGCAGGGUGCUGGCCUGGAGGUGCAGUGAUGUCUCCGAGUCAAGCAGCUAGUGGAGGUGUUCAGCCAAGCAUGGCUGAGUGGGAGGUGCCUCAGGUACAUCACUGCUGUCCCCAGCAAGAGUGCUGCUCUGAAAAGCCAAAUCACAUGCAACCCAAACUGGUCUGUCUGUCUGUCCCACACAAGUGGGACACCCCAGCAGCACACCCACCACAGCCAGGACUGUGGUGCUUACAUGGGCACAGGGCCCUUGACUGGUCGGGUCCCUGUCCACCCUAAUAGAUCAUGGAAUCAGAGAA